AAGCAGUUGCAGGUUUUAAAGUACUCUCUUCGCCAUUAAUGCUUCGAUCCAACCAACCAGUCAAUCAGGAUUCUAGAAAACACUGGCUGUCGAAUGAAGUAAAAAACCACCGCUGCUUUAUUCAUACACGUAAGAAAGCGCCCGGUCCAACAGCAUAUAUGAGCAACAGCAACAAGAAUUUUAAGAAAUCUGCCCAUUUGAAUACGCAAAACAACAAAUAGAAGAUGUGCAAUGCCCAUUACACCGAAUCAGAUUGAUAAGGAAAACAGGGCUAUGAAGAGCCGUGGAAGUUCCAAAUGUUUGGCAAAGUGAUUAUCAAUGCCUGUAACUGUAACGGACUCUACAUUGUAAUGGCAACAAGUUUGAAUAACGCAUUCACAAGCAUUCUCUCGGAGGAGAAAGAGAGUGAGAAAUCCUUGCAUGCUCCAUUCCCUCAUUGGUAUUCUCCAGAAACAGGAAUUUACUCGAGCAGAAACCCUUCCGUACACCUUCCAUCUGACCCAUUUCUCGAUUCUGUUUCUUUCAUUUUCUCAAACAGACACAAUGGAGUUUCGGCUCUCAUUGAUUCCUCAUCUGGGUCUUCCAUAUCUUACUCUGAACUGUACCGGUUGGUAGAAUCCAUGGCCUCUGGACUCCACUACAUGGGUAUUUCACAAGGUGAUGUCGUUUUGGUUCUGUUGCCCAAUUGCAUUUACUAUCCCAUCAUCUUCCUGGGUGUUCUUUGUCUAGGAGGGGUUGUCACAGCAAUGAAUCCCUCCAGUACUGUUUCAGAAAUCAAGAAACAGAUUGCUGAUUGCAAUGUGUGUUUUGCUUUCACUGAUCCUGAGAAAGUGGAAAAAUUACAAGUAUUGGGUGUUCCUGCAAUUGGGGUACCAGAAAAUGUUAAUUUUGAUUCCAAAGCAACUUGUUUUUCUGCCUUCUAUAAGCUUAUUUCUUGUCAAUUUAGUAUGGUUCCGAGGCCGAUGAUUAAGCAGCUAGACACAGCAGCGAUAAUGCAUUCUUCAGGAACAACUGGUGUGAGCAAAGGUGUGGUGCUAACUCAUAGGAACUUCAUAGCCAUGGUUGAACUUUUUGUGCGGUUUGAGGCUUCACAAUAUGAUUAUUCAAGCCUGAAGAACGUGUAUUUGGCUAUUGUACCGAUGUUUCAUAUAUACGGAUUGUCGCUUUUCAUUAUGGGAUUGCUAUCUUUGGGUUCUACCGUUGUGGUGAUGAAGAAAUUUAAUAUCAAUGAGGCAGUGAAGGCCAUUGAUAGAUAUAAAGUUACACAUUUUCCACUUGUUCCACCAAUGCUCACUGCCUUGACGAGGAGUGCAAAGGAUGUUGAUUGGAAAAGUUUUCGGAGCUUGAAGCAGGUUUCUUGUGGAGCGGCUCCUUUGAGCUGGAGAAUCAUCGAGGAAUUUGUUCAGACUUUUCCUCAUGUUGAUUUUAUUCAGGGCUAUGGCCUGACUGAGUCGACAGCCGUAGGAACUCGUGGGUUCAAUACUGAAAAGUUUAGGAAUUAUUCUUCAAUAGGACUUUUGGCACCAAACAUGCAAGCUAAAGUUGUGGAUUCGAAUAUUGGAUCCUUCUUGCCUCCAGGCAAAAGUGGUGAACUUUGGCUAAGAGGACCUGCUGUUAUGCAAGGAUACUUAAAUAACGCAGAGGCGACUAUGUUGUCAGUUGAUAAAGAUGGUUGGAUGCAUACAGGAGACAUUGUUUAUUUUGAUGGAGACGGAUACUUAUAUUUAUUUGAUCGCUUGAAAGAGGUUAUCAAAUACAAGGGCUUUCAGAUUGCUCCUGCUGAUUUAGAGGCUGUGUUGAUUUGCCAUCCUGAGAUAGAAGACGUUGCCAUAGCAGGAACCAUGGACCAAGAAAGCGGGGAGAUACCUGUAGCGUUUGUGGUUAAGAAACAUAGAAGCUCUCUUUCUGAGGCAGAUGUUAUGGACUAUGUUGCUGCAAAGGUAGCACCUCAUAAGAAAGUAAGAAAGGUGGUUUUUACAGCUUCAAUACCAAAAUCUGCUGCUGGAAAGAUUCUCCGCAAGGAUCUCAAGAACUUGUUGAGUUCUAGACUCUGAAACAAAUACAAAAUAGAACUUUUUUUCUGCUUACAAUUUUUAGAACCACCAUAUCAGUUCUUUUUCAAAUAGCAUUUAUGAACUUCUGGCUAGAAUUUGUUUUUUAGCCAAAUAUAAAUAAAUAUAUUUAUACCUAUAUAUAUGUCA